AGAACACGACAGGAUACUUCGAAUAAGAUUAACACAGAUCUCCCGGAGAACAAUUUCCGGUGGCGCGCGGACUCGGCCAGGAUAUUCAGGAUCGAUGCCAAGUUGAAAACCAGCCUAGAGAAUGGAUCGAUUGACAUACAUUCACCGAGCUAAUUUUCCGUACUGAGCGUAUAAAAGCAGAAUGAUUUUCCAAACCUUUGUCAUUGUUGCACUCCUUGCAGUCGCAAACGCGCGUCCCAACCGUCGGGCAGCCAGCUGCACGUUCCCCACCCCGCCUUCAACGAGCAGUCUUUCCUCGCCCAAGACCAUCGAAGCGGGCGAAUCGUUCGAUGGCGGAAACGUCAGGUUCGACCGAGGAGACGGUGCGUGUGAAGGACAAACAGAAACAGGCGAUGAUGCUGCUGUCUUCCUUCUUGAGGAGGGCGCGAGUCUGUCGAAUGUCGUGAUUGGAGCGGACCAAUCUGAGGGUAUUCACUGUCUCGGAUCGUGCACAUUGACCAAUGUGUGGUUCGAGGAUGUUUGCGAGGAUGCGAUCACGAUUAAACAAACAUCCGGAACGUCCACGAUCUCAGGAGGAGGAGCCAAAGGUGCUGACGACAAGGUCAUCCAGCAUAACGGAGGUGGAACGGUUGCUAUUGAUAGCUUCUGUGUCGAAGACUUUGGUAAGCUUUACAGGAGCUGCGGCAAUUGCGACGACAUGUACGAACGGCACUCGACAUUCUCCAACAUUAUCGCUACCGAUGGAAGCAGCCUUGCUGGAAUCAACUCUAACUACGGAGACACUGCCAUCUUCGAUAUGGAUACCAUUGAGACGGACAACGUUGACAGCAUUUGCGAUACCUAUCAAGGCAAUGACGAUGGCGAUGAACCUACCAAGUUGACCUCUAAUACUUCCAAUGACUACUGUCAGUUCUAGUCGGUCUGCUGUGAUACAUAUCGCUUCAGCAUAUUCUGCUCUUUGUCACGGUUCCAUCCAUGAAAUGUUAUCUCAUUUUCUGUCUUCCGCGUGAAUAUUAGUUUUCUCCGAUAGUCCCUGUAACAAUGACCUCAAAUUCGCACCUGCUACGGCGAGGUAGGGGUCUACUAGCUGUGCAGUCUCUCUUUAAGAAGACUACUGGAGAAGAUGUAAUGGCAUCUCGAUUGAACAAGAUUUUUAGGUCACAAUGUUCUGUAUCAAAGCUACAUUAUACGAAUUAGG